AUGCCUACGGUGUUUCUAAUCGAUUGUUCAUUGGGUAUGGCAGAACGUUUCUCAUAUGUUAUAAGUCAAUGGGAUAAUAUGACAACAACGAUAAAUAUCGAAAAACGUAGUUUAGUUGCAAAAAUGAUCGAAUCAUUAAUGACUAAUACUAAUAGUUUAACAAAACUUGAAACAAUUGCUCUUGUACUCUUUUCUGGUCCAGCGAUUGAUUUUGCUAAAAAAUUUCUAACAACAACAUUCGGUACACAACGUUCACAAAAAAUUUUGGUUUUUACAGAUAGUUCUCAUCGUGAUGAUAAUUUGACUAUAGAAAAUAAUAAUAAUAAUAAUAAUGCAAUGGAUAUAGAUUUACGUAAACAAAUAAUAAAUGAUGAACAAGAAAAAAUAUCAUCAUCUAAUUCACAUACUGAAGUAUCAUUUGUAUGUAUACGAAAACCAUCAGGAACCGAUCGAGCACGAUUAGAAAAUAUCAGUGAACAAGCUCAAUGUUCUUUAUCAAAAAUUUACUGGUUAAUAAAUCGUGAAAAAGAGAAUAAUACAAUAAUUACAAAUGAAAUGAUUCAAGAUGUAAUCACUCAAAUCAAAGCUGAUAUGUUACACAUUUUCAUCUCAACACUUAAAUGUGAUCAUUAUGAAUCUCAACUUACUGUUUAUUCAACAAUUAAACCCGCUGUAUUACAUACAACAGGUGAAAUAUUUCAUCCAUCAAAUACUUUAACAGUAAAUAGCUUUAUUGAAUUAUCAUCAAUACAUAGUGCUAGGGCAACAUCUAAACAUAUACAUCUACCAAUUCAAUGUUAUACUCGACCACAAUCAGCAAUGCCAAUGUUUGCUACAAAAAAAUCUGCUGUUGUAUUAUCAUCAUCGCCAACAACAACCACAAGUUUUUCAUUAACUAAUCAGAAAAAAUCCAAUGCAGCAAAUAAUUCCUAUUAUCUUUUACUAAUAUCAUUAAAAAAAGAAAUAUCAGCUGCAUUAAUUUCUGUCAAUGAUCAAUGUUUUGAACGUCUUGGACCUUAUGCUCAUAUAUUUCCACCGGGAAAUAAUGGUGAAUUAGUAUAUAAAAAACAACCAUGGCCAGUAAAACCAUUUGCUCGAAGUUAUACAGAAACAUUUCUAAUCUGGUGUCGUCAAAAUAAUUUUCAAAAUGAUAUCAAUAAAUUUGUUAGUGCUUCAGCUAAACUACCUAAUAAAGAAUUGAAUAAAAUAUGUCGUGGUGCAUUUAUAUAUGGACUUCGUGAGCGAUUAUUUCGUUUAUUGCAACAAUUAUUUCAACGUCAAAUUCAAAUGGGUAAAAUGAAACCGGAUGGUAUUAGAUACGUUCAAAAUGUUAUUAAUUAUAUGAAUCGUCUUAGUUCAUCAGAUCGUUUCAUUAAAUAUGAAGAAACGUCGUCUUAA